AUGGAUCCCUACUCAGCCGAAGGCGAAUUGAUCAACAUCCACAACCACUUCCACCAGGGCCAGUACCAAGAAGUUAUCGACUACGACACCUCGGCGCUCUCUCCCGAAAAUGCCCUACCCGCCCAAGUUCUAGUCCUGCGCGCACGUAUUGCCCUUGGCCAGUUUGAGGAUGUUCUCGCCGAAGUCCAGGGGGAGUCUGAGCCCGAGCUCGCCUCCAUUGGCGCACUAGCCCAGCAGUCCCUAGGCCAGACAGACGAGGCCGUGGCUGCCAUCAAAACACUCGCCGAAUCCCACGCCGGUAACUCUACCGUACAAGUUAUUGGAGGCACAGUUCUGCAAGCGGCAGGACACCCGGAAGAGGCCAUUGCUCUGCUAUCACAGCACCAGGGAAGCCUUGAUGCUGUUUCUCUUAUUGUCCAGAUUCAUCUCCAACAGAACAGGAACGACCUUGCCCUUAAGGAAGUCACCGCCGCUAGGAGGUGGGCGCAGGAUAGCCUGCUCGUCAACCUUGCAGAAUCUUGGGUCGGCCUGCGCCAGGGCGGAGAGAAGUACCAACAAGCAUUCUACGUGUUCGAAGAGCUCGCACAAGCCCCGGCCACCUCGUCCGUUGCGUCGCUCGUGUCGCAGGCCGUGGCUGAGCUGCAUCUCGGCAGGACAGAAGAGGCCCAGGCCGCCCUGGAGCAGGCCCUCAACAAGGACCCGACCAAUGCGGAGGCCAUUGCGAAUCUGUUUGUCCUUGCAGUGGUCACCGGCCGGGAUCCCUCCAAAAUGAGAGCGAACCUAGAGGCCGCGGCGCCCACACAUCUUCUUCUCGCCGACCUCGAGGAGAAAAGCGCCCUUUUCGAUAAGGCUGCCACGAAAUACAGCGCCAAGGUGUCGGCGUAG